AUGAUUAAAUUUGAGCCGAGUAACAACAGUGAAAAGAGAAAUGAAAAAAAAGUACACGAAUUCAGCUACAUAAAUUUGGAUGAAGAAAAAAGAGAAGAAAUAAAUGAUAUGCUAAAAAAUUUAAAAAAUGAAGAGAGAGAUUUGUCCUUUCCUCUGUUAGACUUUUACUUUCUCAAUAAGCAAUUUAAGUACCAAAAUCUAAGGGAAAGUUUGGAGAUAAAUAACAAUGUCAAUGAGUACAUCAAUUUAAGGCUUCUGCGGAAGGAAAUUGGCCCCAAGGAUGUAUUCUUCAAAACGGAGGAAAAAAAUAGAGAAAUGGUUGUGCAAGACAAGUUGAAGAAUCAAAGGGGGGAAACUUACCUGAAGAGGAGGUAUGACCUGAGGGAGGACAGCCAAAGCGCCAAGUGUGUUAGUAACCACCCCUCCACAGGGAGGGAUAUCAAAGCAGAAGCUGCUACCGUAGAUAGAAUGGAUUUACCAUAUGACAUCCCCACCAUGUGGAAGAAAAACGAUAUCAUAGGAACAUUUAACCCAGUGUACAAUGCGAGAGAUCAAAUAAUGAGUGAUAACUGUAUUGACUCGAUUCCCACGAUUGAUAUUUUUUACAACUCCUCAAAAUUGCUUACCAUACAGACGGUGUUUGAGCCAAUCAGUAAUUAUAUAUACCUCUUACGGCUUCUGCCCAAGUUCUGCCUGCCGCUGUACGAUUCAGGAAUAUUGCAAUACGCAUGUGAAGACCCGGUUUUAAAUCCUAAAUUCAGAGGCUUGGAGCUAUCCUACAGAUUACUAGUGCAUGACAUUUUAUUUUAUGCGUUUUUUUCCUAUUUGUCAGAUUUGCCAUUUUGGGCCAAACCACCGAUUGAGCUUCUCCGAAUUUAUAAUUACGAAAGUUUAUACUCCUUUAAUGAUUACGAAUCGGAACACACAGAAAGGCUGGUGUUUCACAAUAUAAAAAACAUUUUGUACAAUUUUGCAGACACGGUAAAUAAAAUUGAAUUGCUGUAUCCAAAAAAUUACUACAUUACCAUAUUUCCCAACAUUUAUUUUAAGAACAUCAUCGAGUUUUUAAAAAGUGAAAAAUUCAAGUUAAAAAAAAUUGUAGUUGUUUUGAAGGGCAAAAAUUUCAUUGAUGAAAAAAUGAUACACCACAUCAAAAGCAACCUAGAAAAUUUUAGAGGCAUGACAGCAGAAAAUGUGAAAAAAGAAAUACCCCACAAAUAUUUUCCCCCAAUUAAUGGCAGAACCAAAAAUGAGGCAGUAAGAUACGACACAAGAAGUGUAAUAGAUGCCAUAAAAAGGUGUCACAAUUAUGGUGAAGAUUUUUUCUCCCUUGACAGGGGGGGAGGUAUAUCCACCCCAAAAGAGAGAAGAAGAGGGAAGUCAAACUGGAAGGAAAAAAAGGACAUGUCAGCAGGGGGUGACCAAUUGGAAGGGAACAAAAAUCAUCAAAGUAGCAUGCCUAACAGUGCGCCUGAACGCAUUCGCGGCAACGGCGAAUCGUGUGGCACCUCCCCGGAUGGCACUUAUCCCAAUGAAAACAACAAUCAUGUAGAUAAAGAAAGCGCAACGCGUAGUAAUUACAUCACGCGGCAGGAGGAAAAACCAAUAAAUGACCCCGGGGAAGGCAUUCCCAGUGAGUCGCAGGAGUCAAGGGACACCCCCGACAGUGGCGGAGACACCAUCCGCAGCAGUGGAAGGAGUUGGAAGGACUUCCCCUUUCAAGACGUCAACACAAAGGACGAAGCAGGGGAGCAAAGCAGCCAUGUUGACGAAUACGAUGGCGACCAAAAUGGGGAACAACGCGAUCGGUUAAGCACCAUUGAACAAGAUAGCGCCGGAAACAACUCCUUUAGGAAAAAGAACCCAAUCGAUAUGUCCGACAAGUAUAACAUAGACGCGUCCGUGUACAAUAUGUACUAUGAGCAGGAGAACAAAGACGAGUGGGAACAUGCCUCCAUCUUGGAGAAACAGGAUGCCCAAAAUAGGAGGUACACCAGCUCAUCCGAAUCGUCAUGCAGUGAAGAUGACGAAACGGACGAUGAAAACAUUGAUGGGUUUUUUAAAACAAAAAAAUUAAAAACUACAGUGUAUGAUAAGGACAACUUUUCCUUUUCCAAAUUUAUGAACAAAAUAAUAAAUUACGAAAAGAUCAUUGACUACCUGAACAACGAUCCGCAACGCCAGGAAAGCGAAGACUCGAAAAUCAAGUUUUAUAUUAAAUUGUUGCUAUUCGAGAAAGCUAAUUCGUCAUAUGAUGCGAAUGGAAGGGCAAACGAGGAUAGAAGGACAAACUCAGACGGAAGGGUAAACGCGGAUGAAAGAGUAAACGAGGAUGAAAGAGUAAACGAGGAUGAAAGAGUAAACGAGGAUGAAAGAGUAAACGAGGAUGAAAGGGCAAAUGUCAAUGAUGAAGAUCAGGUUAGAAGCAUUACGUUUGUGUCGGACAAUGGAAAGACCAACGGAGCACCACCGCGGGGGAAGGACUCCUCCAUUCGUGCAGAUGGCACAGUGUCACCUACGGAUGACGACAAUAAUCUCUCGGGGGCGGACCAACGGACGCAAAGCGAAGGGGUAACCUCGUCAAACCCUACCAUCUCUGCCUCUGUCCCGAACGAUACUAACAUGGGUGGAAAUAAUAACGACGCUGCGGAGAGCAGUCAGGCUUCCCCACUCGAAAACAACCAAAACGAGAACGAAACGCGCACAGAUGGAGAAGAAACUGUUUUGAACAUAACCGAAGAUGAUCAUGUGGAAAUUUCAUCGGAUUAUAUCAGUAACCUGAUACGGAACUUACGCGAAACUUACGGGGCGACUAAUUUCUUAUCCUUCAGCAGCAACGAAGGGGACGUGCACGACAGCACCUUCAAUUUAGACGAUGUGCAGGAUUCGCAAACAAGGCUGACCUUUAACUUUAAUUAG